AUGGGCGUCUUCUCACCUGACAGUCUUCCGUCAGAGAUUCUCCACGAUAUACUCAAGCAUCUAAGCAAGCACGACCUCUGCAGCCUGUGCCUAGUAGGCCGCACAUACGCAGCCUUCGGCCUCCCCCACAUCCUCAAGCUCGUCGCGUCAGAGCUCCAAGAGUCUCCAAAGAAGCCAUUCGAAUCGCCAUCCUACAUCCAUCGGCUGACAAAAAGCUGCUCACACGAUAUGCUAGAGUCCGUCGUCAAGCUCGGCGUACCCGCCGACGAGUUCAACGCGCAGGGCGAAGCGGCACUGCAUGUGGCGGCCCGCCAUGGCUGCGGGUGUGAUUGCAUUCGGAUCCUUUUGGCUGAAUCCGCGAACCCGGACGUGGAGAGCCGUCUUGGGUGGACGCCGCUCAUGAUUGCGACGAGAUACGGCCAUGUUGAAGCCAUCGCGGAGUUGAUACGCGGCGGUGCUCGGCUGGAUCGGAAAGGGUUUCAUGGCUGGACGGCUCUACAUGUCGCAGGCCAGAACGGCCGGGAGGAUAUCUUCGAAUUGCUUGUAAGGGCGGGAGCAAGUCUGAGGAUUGCCGAUAAUGAUGGUUUGAAGGCGGCCGAUACUCCUGUAGGAAGGUAUCCUCCAGACAUUGAGAAUCACAUGAACGCCACAUUAACACAGUCCGACAAUCAGCACCUCAACUCAGCUUCGCCCGCCAUGGACGCCUCGAACAAGCCCACAAUCACGUUCUACGACAUCAUCCUCGAUCCAAAAGCCUAUCCAAUGGCACCGAACCCGUGGAAGACACGCUUCGCGCUCAACUUCGCCAAAGUCCCCUACCGCACAACCUGGGUUCCCCUCAACGCCGUCGCCGAGACACGCAACUCACUCCAACUCCCCGCCAACCGCAGACACGACGAUGGCACUGACUUCCCCACCCUGCCAAUCAUCCGCGACCCCCUCGCCUCUUCCUCCAGCUCGGGAGAGAAGAAGGAAAUCCUGGUGGGCGACUCAUUCGACAUCGCGCUGCACCUGCAAAGAACCUACCUCGCCGACAAAAAGCACCAACUCUUCCAGGACGGAGAAAACGGCAGCAGCACCGUAUCUCUGCACCGCAUCUUCAACGCUUUCGUAGACCAAGUCUUCAGCCAGUACGGCGCCCCGCUCGGCGGUUUCUACAUGCCCCUCGACCCGCGCACCGCCGAGGCCGACAGGCAGUCGUUCCUGGACCGGUUCCCAGGCAAGAAGUGGGAGGACCUCGAGAUCCCACCCGGUUCGGAGGUCAGGAAAAAGAUGCUGUCGGAUUUCGAGACGAACUUGGAGGCUAAGCUCGGUCCCUGUUUUCCUGCCGGGGGAGCGGGUCCAUUUAUGGACGGGCGCGAGAGCCCCGUGUAUGCGGACUUUAUUGUCGGUGGCUGGUUACAAUUUAUGAGAGGGUGUUUGCCUGAGUGGGAGCCGUUGAGGAAUGAGUGGUCUGGUGGGAAGUGGGGGAGGCUCUUUGAUGCGCUUCAGGAGUGGACGGACGUAGAUGGGCGAGAGGGCGUCAUCCCGGCCAGGCCAUGA